AUCCACAACAAUUUCCUCCACUAAUAUAUAUAGCUAGAGAGAAAAAAAAAGAGUGAGGAAACUAGAGAGAGAACACUCAAUGAUGGUGAGGUUCGAGAAGGUUCCUUUAGUGUUAGGGUUAGCUCUGGUUCUAACUCUGGUCGGAGCACCGACCAAAGCCGAUGGACCUGUUUGCGGUGCUGGUCUGCCUGGCAAAUUUAGCAGAUUAAACUUCCCUAAAGACUUCAUUUGGGGAACCGCAACAGCAGCAUUUCAGGUUGAAGGAGCUGUUGAUGAAGGUUGCAGAGGUCCAAGCAUGUGGGAUACUUUCACUAAGAAGUUCCCACAUAGAUGUGAAAAUCAUAACGCUGAUGUUGCUGUGGAUUUCUACCAUCGUUACAAGGAAGAUAUCCAGUUGAUGAAAGACCUUAACACUGAUGGUUUUAGACUUUCUAUUGCGUGGCCCAGAAUAUUCCCCCAUGGAAGGAUGUCUAAGGGAAUAAGCAAAGCAGGAGUCCAAUUCUACCACGACCUCAUCGACGAGCUUCUCAAAAACAAUAUAAUACCACUAGUAACAGUCUUUCAUUGGGAUACUCCUCAAGACUUGGAAGAUGAAUAUGGUGGUUUCUUAAGUGGUAACAUCGUGCAAGAUUUUACCGAAUAUGCGAAUUUCACUUUCCAUGAAUACGGACACAAGGUGAAAAAUUGGAUCACAUUCAACGAGCCAUGGGUGUUUAGUCGUGCCGGUUACGACAACGGAAAGAAAGCUCCGGGACGUUGUUCACCGUACAUCCCCGGUUAUGGACAACAUUGUCAAGAUGGACGGUCUGGAUACGAAGCUUAUCAAGUCAGUCACAACUUACUCUUGUCGCAUGCUUACGCCGUUGACGCAUUCAGAAAAUGCAAACAGUGUGCUGGAGGUAAAAUUGGAAUUGCACACAGUCCAGCUUGGUUCGAACCACAAGACCUUGAGCAUGUUGGAGGUGCCAUUGAACGUGUGCUUGAUUUCAUCCUGGGAUGGCAUUUGGCUCCAACAACUUAUGGAGAUUAUCCACAAUCCAUGAAAGAUCGUGUCGGUCAUAGAUUGCCAAAAUUUACAGAAGCUGAGAAGAAGUUGCUGAAGGAUUCUACAGAUUAUGUAGGAAUGAAUUAUUAUACUUCAGUGUUUGCAAAAGAAAUUAACCCUAAUCCUAAGAGUCCGAGUUGGACUACUGAUUCUCUUGUUGAUUGGGAUAGCAAGAGUGUGGAUGGUUACAAAAUUGGUAGCAAGCCGUUUAACGGUAAACUCGAUGUGUAUUCCAAAGGAAUGAGAUACCUUUUGAAGUAUAUUAAGGAUAACUAUGGCGACCCAGAGAUCAUCAUUACCGAGAAUGGUUACGGAGAGGACCUUGGAGAGAAGCACAAUGACGUAGAUUUUGGAACACAAGAUCACAACAGGAAAUAUUAUCUCCAAAGGCAUCUCUUGAGUAUGCACGAUGCCAUUUGCCAAGACAAAGUGAACGUUACGGGAUAUUUCGUGUGGUCGUUGAUGGACAACUUCGAGUGGCAAGAUGGGUACAAGGCGAGGUUCGGGCUUUACUACAUCGAUUUCCAAAACAAUCUGACCCGUCACCAAAAAGUUUCGGGCAAAUGGUAUUCAGAUUUCCUCGAACCUAAAUUUCCAACCUCCAAGCUUAGGGAAGAACUCUAGAUGAUCAAGAAUCCUACCGGGACAAAAUAAUUGAGUACAAGAGUCUUCAAAAUGUUCUUGAGGAUACUAUCAGUUUGUGUGUUCUAUGGAUCGUGUUUAUCGUUUUCAUCUUUCGGUUCUUCCUAUGUUAGAAGGACUUGUGAGUUGUUCGAGUUUUAAUCGUAUCAAUAAAUGUCUUCUUUUUAA